UUACUAUAAACAAACUGAGUUAGUACAAGAUAUAUAAAACGACGACCUCAAGCUUAAACAAAAGGCAUUUAAAAAUGCUUUGUCUGUUUCACUGAUGAACGUGUUUUUCUUUUAUCCGCCAUUUUGUCAUCGGCAAAAUACGUGGGUUAGAGCUUUUACGAUAUUUUACAGGACUAUGAUAUGCAAACAUCCCGGCCCUCUGCCAUUAUUUGCAGCACGCGCUGGUCAAACAACGAGGUUACAGAAUGUUUCUGGUGAGCUAAAUAUUUGGCGAACACCAACUACACUCUUUUUUUUUUAUAAGAACCUUUUCGAUAAGAACGUCAAGCCUUAGAUUUCACCAAAUUUUAAGAACAUGCCAAGGCUCAGAUAGCAGAAAGGUCUUUUUCUUUUUUAGUCCUGAUGCGUUCUAAAAUGCAGAAUAAAAUUGUGCUCAUAGUAACAACCUUAUUAUUGCUAUUGAUCAUUAGUGUACUUCUCUUCCUAUUAAUUCAUUGGUUAUUAUAUUUUUAUAUGCACUAAAAUUUAAGAACAUCGUUAAAAACAUAAUAAGAACGGCUCAAUCUCGACUGAAAAUAACAGGUACUCGCUUGUUUUCAUUCUUAUUGUUUUAUUAAAAAAACAUAUCGCAUUGCAUACAUAUUGUAUUAUGUUCAUGCAAAUUUUAUUUUGUCCAAAACGUUUUUUUUUUUCUUAUCUGGGCCCAUUUUUCGACUCGUCCAUCGAGAACCAAAAUUCAUUCACAUGUUGUCCCAACAAUAUGCUUGUUAUCCCAACAAUAUGCCGACAGAGAGAGCAGGAACGGGAUAAUGGGUAGUUUCUCUAAUUAGAAAACUCAUAAUAGCUGGGAAAGAAUUGAGGUUCGAAGAGCAAGUUAAAAAAUGGACCCAAUGAGAAAAAAAAUUGCUUUUUGGAGAAAGAAAAUACAAAAUUCAAAUUUAAUACUCAUCACUUUCAAGUGCAAAAACACUUUUGAAAUAAUAUCCACUUUUCAUCGUUAUAUGCCUAAACACAUUAGACGAUAAUAAAUUUAACUUAAAUUAUAACAGCAAUAAUGACAGUGUAUGUUUGUUUAAGAGGGUAGGAGGUUUUCUAAUAGAUCCCUUAUUUUAAUUCAUUAUAAGAUUUGACGAGUUUUGUAAACAGGAAAUGACCCAAACGAAUGCUAACUUUUUCUGUAACAUCUCACAUUGAUAAUACAAUCGGUCUUUUUGAAGGAGCCCAUAUUGGCUUUUGAAUGUUUUCUUAACUUCUUACUUUAUUUGUAGAGCUGUCUUCUUACAAAGAUAGAUAGCUAUAAAAUGGCCAUAGCGAUUCCUAGAUCAGAUAAAAUAAUUAAAAUAAUAUUAUUGUAUAUAAUAAACGAAUAAUUUGGGGGUAAAGUUAAUAUCGUUUUUUUUAGAAUAGAGAAAAUGCUAUUCUAGCCUUAUGCACUUGUGUAUAUUUAAAAGGGACCACUGAGCAACAAAAUUAUUUACAAACUAAUUUUAAUAUUUGAUGAGCACUACUUUUAGGCGGCCGACGCUAUAAUAAGAACCUAAAAAAUACUUGCAAUUUAUACCUGCAUUACAGUAUCAGGUAGCAAAAUGUUAAAUGUCGUUCUAGGUACUUGAAAUACCGUUUAAGCACAAAAUAUAUUUAUCAGAACCAGUUUUGGGCGGUUCUUCGUGACCACUAUAACCACUAUAUGCCUUAAAGUAUCUUAUUUUAAAACAGGGACAUCUAAAAUUCUGUAUAAAUACUCGUAUUUCUUAUCUCUUAGAUUCAGUUCAGCAUUCUUUUUAGUAAGGAAGAUGACGACCUUACCUAUGUUUGCGCCGCUCGGCUCUCAACUCUGUGUUCUGUGUUUGAUGAUUUGGGUGACUGUUUGUAUGAGCCUGCAACUUCGCGAUAAAGACAGCGGUUUCAUAUCCAAUAAGUUCGUUGCUCAAUCGGGAAAACGACUUGCGCUGCCCAUCUCACAAGCAGAGGACAAUAACCAAUCAAUUGUCCAAAAGAGCGUCCUGGUUGAUGACGUCAUGGAUUGUUCGUUUGAAUGUCUUACUGAAGGCUGGUGUCACUCCGUAAACGUCAGAUUGACAGCGACAAAGAGUGGAAGACACGUGUGUGAGCUUAUAUCUACGGAUAGAUAUAACCACUCUGAAUACUUAGUACAGGACAAGGACUUCGUGCACUUUGGGAUAAAGUCUCCCUGUGAAGAAUCGCCUUGCAGUAAUGGGGAGUGCGUGACAUUGUACGAUGAGCCGUAUCUCUACUGCACGUGCUCGUCAGGAUACACUGGACUGACCUGUUCAGCAGACAUUGACGAAUGCAGCACCAAUCAAACUUCAUGUGACCCUGACGCUCGAUGCAGAAAUACCAUUGGCUCUUACACGUGCACGUGUAAUGCAGGUUACCAUGGUGAUGGCAAACAAUGCACAGACAUUGACGAAUGCAGCACCAAUCCGAGGUCAUGUGAUCGCAAUGCCCGAUGCAGAAAUACCAUUGGUUCUUACACAUGCACGUGCAAUGCAGGUUACCAUGGUGAUGGCAAACAAUGUACAGAUAUCGACGAAUGCAGACUCGGCAUCAGCGGAUGUGUUGUGAAUGCCUACUGCACUAAUACCGUGGGCUCAUACGUUUGCACAUGUCAUUCAGGAUACUACUGGACCGGAAGUGGGUGCGCAGCUAAUCAGAUCAGACUGUCGCGCGGAUCUUAUGGCCGUGUCGAGGUGCUCCACAAUGGUGCGUGGGGAACGGUGUGCGAUGACCAUUGGACCACCAACGAAGGGCGUGUCGUGUGUAGAUGGCUUGGAUUUGGAUCCGUAGAAUCUGUUCAUAAAGGAGCUCAUGAUGGCCAAGGAAGCGGGCCGAUAUGGCUUGAUGAUGUCCAUUGCUCUGGCAAUGAGGCUACCCUGUUCUCAUGCCAAUUUACCCACACCCAUGAUUGUGAACACGACGAGGAUGUGUCAGUUGUGUGUUCUUAGGGAAGAGCAGGGAGCCUGGUUAGGGGCGGUUCUAGCCUUUCGCUAAAGGGGGAUUUGGCUCCGUGACAAAGGGGGAGGGAGUAAUUAGUUUUUGUUACAUAUGGCUUUCUGGCAGCCCAAAGGGGGGUUUAAACCCCCUAAACUCUCCCCCUAGAUACGCUACUGCCGGUACACGACACCCACUGAUCAUCACCAUCACCACCAUCUUCACAACUGAAUUACCCACAUAACCGCCUUUUUUUUUAACAACACCACAACUACCAUAUGUUUAUCAUUAUUAUCACCCCCGGGGAUAUUUUCAAUAUGCCUGAACCAUGAACUAUUCGAAACUAUUGUUUCGCAUUGGUUAUUUGUUUGCUUAAGAAAAACUAUAAUGAGGAUGCAGGAACUAAACCUCCGAAAGGGGAAAAUUCUCAAUUUUAUUGGUAAUUCUUGCUUUCUUUGAUUCCCCUUGUCAUGUGAAUAUUUUGGUCAAUUUUAUCAAGUAAUUAUCUAUGUAAGAACUAGGCUAAAUCCCAUUCUCUUCAUUCUCAACCAUAAUCAUCACCAUCAUCAACUUCACCAAAUUCAUCACCACGAUAAUCAUUACCACCAUCAUCAACAUAACCAUAAUCGUCACCAUCAUCACCAUCGCAAACAUUAUCACCGUCAUCACCAUCACCAUCGCAAACAUUAUCAUCAACAUUAUUAUAAAAAUUCAGUCAGUCAGUCAGCAGGGGCGGCGGAAGGGGAGGGGCCCACUUUUCUGAGCGGAUGUUUCUAUAUGUAUGAACGUUUUUUAAACGGGUUUAAAGCGGUACAUAUGCAACUGUAUAAAAACCUAUGUUAUUCCUCGUGUUCUUAUAAAUAGCGAAUAAGAAUUUGGAACCACCACUCACCCCUCCCCCCUGAAACCGCCAACCGCCCCUCCCAAAAAAAACACUACCCACCCCUUACCCAAAAUUCGCCCCCCCCCCCCUCCACUUUUGGGACCGCUACGCCGCCCCUGGUCAGUCAGUCGGUCGGUCGGUAAGUCAGUCAGUCAGUCAGUAGAUGUCCUUAUUUAUUGUAGGUAAAACCGUAUAAUCAGUCUUCUAACUAAAUAAUCUAACUAAAAUAAGCUAUAUAAGGUUUAUAAGGUAUAUUGGCAAAAAGUCUAGUGGCAGUGGCAAUGGUCAGUAAAACAAACUUUCAUACGUUUUGAUAUUUAAGGGUUUUGAAGGCGUUUUAUGUUAUGAUUCUUUGCGUUAAUUGAGACCCUGUGACUUCAUCCGUGGAUAAUAAGCGGGCAUACGCGAGCAAUCUCGUCCGAUUUCAUUCAUGUUUUCGGAGGAUGAUAUUUAAUCAUCCGUAUGUGCUACUGUUUCAUUUUAUUUAUCGGUAAACGAUUUAAGGUUAUUUCACAUAUCAACCGACCAGUAUUUUAUGAACUUUCCUAUAAUUAUAUUUCAAAUCCAUAAGCGAUGCUUUUUCUUUAAAUAUGCGGAGUGACAUAACUUAUACUUAGUCAUGAUGGGGAUCAUAGUGGUAUGUCUAAACUGAUGACCAUGUAAUUUUUUUUGUCCGCAUACUCCAUUUUCUACCUUAGCUUCGGACACAUUGCGUUAUCCUUCAAUUUGUUUUAUAGGAAGCAGAUACACCUGUUGUCUUCAGCCCAUGAAAGCUUUGUGGUUGUCUUCAAAUGUACGUAAAGGACAGGGAUAUAGAUUAUUUCGAUUGUGUAGUUCCAGAAAAUAUCCAUAGUUCCCCCCCCCUAUUGAGGGGAUUGGAAAUUCCGGGGGGGUUCAAACGCCCAGGAAUUUCCAGCCAGAGGGGAGGGGGGAGGGGGGUUAAAAUGCCCUUUUUGCUUAACAGUUACUGUAUUUAUUUUUUUUUCCAGGGGGUUGGAAAUUCCAGAGGGGUGGAGGGUCAUACCUCCGCCCCCGUCAAUGGGGGUAUGGAUAUUAAUCUGGAACUACACAUUAGACAUGACCAAAGAGCGAAUUCGUACAAUUAUUAUUUAGAUUUUGAAUCCUCUUGAAAAUCCAAUGUCUUCGCUUAAAAAUCGACAAAUAAGCAAUUUCGUGCUUCCUCGUUUUAGUGGAGCAUGAUCCCCAUUGUGCCUUAGUAUAAGUCAUGUCUCUCUGCAAAUUUAAAGAUAAAGCAUCGGUUAUUUUGGGGAAAAUAUUGGAAAGUUAAUAAAAUACUGGUCUGUUCAUAUGCUAAAUAACCCAAUCGGUUACCGAUAAAUAAAUAGCAAAUACGGAUUCAAAUAUUGUCAUCUGAAAACAUGAAUGAAAUCGGACGAGAUUCGAGACUAUUAGACGCAAUUUUUUAACUAGUAAAAUGAAAGAAAUGCUAUAAGGAAUUACUAACGAGCCUCCUUCAGGAAUCCUGUGGAUGUCCGCGCAACAGCAAAUAACGACUGGGUACGAUUCUGAUACUUUGCCUAAAUCAAUCCGCGGUAGAGAUCACUCCAAAUCUGGGUCCCUGUAACGAGAAAGCUUGCCUUCGCUUUUGUCAUAGAAAUGAUACCGGUGGCUGGCCUAAGCCAGGCACAAUUAGUAUUUAUCAGUCAUAUAAUCAGAUAAUUGAAUAAAAUUAAAUCGGAUAAUACAAUAAAAUAAAUGUAUACUAAACCUA